GGGAGAGACAUGUUGUAAUAAACAAGAAAGAAAUGAGUAUCAAGAACUCAGGAGCUGCUCCUGCAGUCAACACCAACGGCAAGCUUCCAAUGGAGGAGAACGAAGAAGAAGAGAUAUGGAAAGUGGCGGUGUCGAGGUUUCAAGCCAGAGAAGAAGAGAUCGAGAGGAAGAAGAUGACUGUUAAGGAGAAAGUUCAACAGAGGCUUGGUUUUGCAGAGGAAGCUACAAGAUGCUUGACUCAAACAUUGGAAGAGCUGGAGAUUAUGGGAGAUCCUAUGAGAAAAGAAGUUGGAAUGGUGAGGAAGAAAAUCGACAUGGCGAAUCGAGAUAUCAAAUCUUUAGCUCAAAGCUGUCAGAAGAAGGAGAAGGAAUACAAAGAGACAUUAGAAGCUUUCAAUGAAAAGAACAAAGAGAAAACUCACCUUGUUUCCAUGUUAAUGGAGCUACUUGCUGAAAGCGAAAGAGUUAGGAUGAAGAAACUGGAGGAGAUCAACAAGACUGUUGGAGCCUUGCAAUGAGAAUGAAACAAAAGAAUUGGAUGUUACCUUUUAAAAGAGUCUUAAAAUUGUUUUGAGUUUUUUUUUUUGUAUGAAGACUAUAUUCAAGUCAUCUCUAUUAAAAAGUGAGCUACCAUGUAACAUGUUGCAUCAAAUAUAGGAAUGAUAAGAAUAUGAUCACUUCCUUUUA